GGCUGCGCGCCCGUGGCGGUCGCUGUGCGGUGCGCGAGGACGCCGUUGACCGUGCGCCGCCACGCUGCCGAAUGAGCGACGCUCACGGGCAGCAUCAGGAGCAGCCAACGACACCGCGACCUCCUCUCGUGCGCAGCAAAAGCAGCGGUGGUUGUGUGGCCGCUGGAACCAUGGAGUCCUCGCAAGUCGAAGGCCUGGACAAGGCCGCCGUCGCUGCCGAGACUCUCGCAGUCUCCAAUGGGCCGCAUCUGGGUGGUCGCCACGGAGACGGGGGUACCCACGAAGAUGAAGGUCGCCACAGAGCCGCAGAGCACCUGGAGAGAGAGGAGCACCUGGAGAGAGAGGAGCACCCCAACGGCAGCGCCAGGGUGGAGCUCCCAGAUCGCUCGUUGGACGACGUCGAGUCGCUCCCCCUGAGCGUGGAGCACUUCCACCGGGACGCCCCCCACACCCACCCGGAGCAGCGCUCACCUCCCGCUGCUCCUGCCGCUCCUUCUCCUCCUGCUGCUCCUACUGCUGCUGCCCCUGCUGCUAGGCCUGCGCCGGGGCCCAGGCUGGGGACCCCGAGAGGAUCCUCUCGCUUCCAGGUGACCGGCACAGGCCACCGCUUUUCCACACGCGCAGUUCGUGUACGGGCGUCGGAUGACGAAGACAACGAGGAGCUGAUUCCGCCCACGGCCGCCGAGGAUGGGGCGGAGGCGCUGCCGGUGGAGCAGGGUGCAGUCGGGGCACCGGGCGCCUCGCCUUCACUGGAGGAGCUCGAGGGAGCGGCGGAGCUGUCCGGACGGGGCGACUCGGCCGCCAUUUCACAGAAGGCUAGAACGCCAUCAUGA